AUGGAAGAAGACCGCGAUUUUGAUGAUGAGUAUGAAGAAGUAGGGGGAGGAGACGACGAUGUAAUUGGGGGAGCAGACAUUGUGGCUGAUGAGGACGGUACUCAAAGAGGUAAUAUGGAAGAUGGUGGACAAGGUGACCUUGGAGGUGAUACGUUUGCGCUGAUCAAUCCAUCUUCUGGCGGCCAAGCAGUUCCGAAAGAUAAAAGAAUAACAACACCUUUUAUGACUAAGUAUGAGCGUGCUAGAAUUUUGGGUACCCGUGCUCUGCAGAUUAGCAUGUGCGCCCCCGUAAUGGUUGAGUUAGAAGGAGAAACUGACCCUCUGCAAAUUGCCCUCAAGGAACUGAAAGCGCGUAAAAUUCCUAUAAUUAUCAGAAGAUAUUUACCUGAUGGAAGUUACGAGGAUUGGGAAAUCAAUGAAUUGGUAGUGCAAGAUAUGUGA